ACUAGGUACUACAUGAAGUUUGGAGCAGAUUAGACAGCUGCAAGAGUAGAUUCAAGCUUGUUAGAUGGAUGCAAGAGGAGAUUGAAUCAGUUUAUAGAUGAUGACAAGGUGACAAGUGAUGCUGUUUCACCAUGUCUGAGCAACGCCUGAGAGUUAUCUAUGGUCACCUUGGCCAGCAAAGGAGGGCACCUGUUCUCCCCCAGAUCACCUCAAGCUCCCUGGGUGUGGUCAGCAAGGAUGGCAGCUCCUCCUUCCAGUUCACCCUGGACAACCCGCGCCUCACCCAAGCUCAGCGUGCCUUCUAUGAGCAGAACGGCUUCCUGGUCAUCCCUAAUUUGGUACCCCAUGACAAGAUAGACAGAUGGAGGGAGAGAUUCCUGGACCUGGUUGAGGGUCGGCAGGAAACUGGCGGCAUGACCAAGAUGAAGGACAUUUCCCUCAAGGGCGUCCAGGGAGUGUCUGGGGAACGAGUGGUGAACAAGAUCCAGGACUUUGUGUGGGACGAUAUUCUUUCAGAGCACUGCCAGCUCCCACAGGUGCUGGACUACGUGGAGUGUUUCACCGGCCCGAACAUCAUGGCCAUGCACACCAUGCUCAUCAAUAAACCCCCCGACCCAGGCACCCGCACCUCCCGCCACCCCAUGCACCAGGACCUCCACUACUUCCCCUUCAGACCUGCCGACCGCAUUGUGUGUGCCUGGACUGCCAUGGAGAAGGUCAACACUGAGAACGGCUGUCUCUUCGUCCUGCCAGGUUCACACAAGGGAGUCCUGGAGCCCCAUGAGUACCCUGAGUGGGAGAAUGGAGUCAACAAGAUGUACCACGGAGUGAGAGGCUACGACGACGUCCCCAAGACUCUACUGUCCAUGGAGAAGGGAGACACAGUCUUCUUCCACCCCAUCCUCCUUCAUGGCUCUGGAGACAACAAGACACAGCACUUCCGCAAGGCCAUCUCCUGUCACUACGCUGCCUCAGAGUGUGAGUACAUCGACGUGCGCGGCACCUCCCAGGAGAACAUUGCCAAGGAGGUGGAGGAAAUUGCCCGCAGGCGAGGGAUAGAUGACCUGGAUUUUAAGGAGGUGUGGAGGCUUCGCAGUCGUCUGGUGCGUGGUGCUGAGGUCAAUCUGUAGCUGUAGUGGUGGCUGUGUGCCUGACAGGGACUGGUGGAGCCUUGAGUCCUAACUUGUGAUUCUUAUGCUUAUGUGUGCUUCAUUAUUAUAGGGAAACAUUUAUGAUAGUACCUGCAUGAAAGAACAAAACAAUACAUAUAUGACAUUCUUACAUGCAUUGUACUGGAUUUUAAACUUGUUGGUUUACUGAUAACUAAUGUUAUUACUGUUGUCCAUUCUUCCCUGUCCUCUCCAAGAGACAAACAGUGAGUCAGCAGACAGCAGGAAAUUUGCAGUGUAUCCUCCUAAGCCUCAUGCAUUGUUAUACAUGCUAAUACAAAGAACACAAGUCUUGCAUGUAAAAAGGGAUGUAGAUUUGUAAAACUGAGAUUUAUAUUGCCCAAUAUAUAUAUAUAUAUAUAUAUAUAUAUAUAUAUAUAUAUAUAUAUAUAUAUAUAUAUAUAUAUAUAUAUAUAUAUAUAUAUAUAUAUAUAUAUAUAUAUAUAUAUAUAUAUAUAUCCCUCAGAAUUUUGUUUCAUAUCAUCCUCUAUACUUACAGUAUUUACUGCCCUCACUUGUAUGUGUAAGGUGAUGCCCAAGGAAAGAUAAAGGAUGAGAUAAGCACAUUUGCUUCUUGAAUGGAGUGAGAGAAUACUUCAGUGUACCAUUGGUAAGGUUGCAUCCUCACACUUCUAGUUCCUAUGUCACCUCGUGGCACUCCCUCUAACGCUCUGCCUGUGGAGCAAUUCUAUGAUAUUUUUUUUUAAAUGUAUUUAUUUUCGUCAAGUGUGGGCAUAAGUACUUUCACUUCUCUGUCAGGGGUCAAGGGGCUGAGAGAGUGGUGUGAAUGUAUGUGCAUUUAUGGUUUUAUUUGCCUGAUUUGUUUAUUUAUUUAUUCAUUACAUUUUAAACAAGGUCUUUCAGAAAAGGAUAUGCAAAAAAAAAAAAAUACAAUACAUACUGUAAAAAAUAAAAUUUAACUAAUA